UCCGAUCAUGUGGUCCUAAUCCAAGAUGGGGGACUUGUCAAACCGCAGCUCAGUGCUGACGGACUACUUCCUCACCACCAACGGUCUGGACUAUGAGAUCCCUCUGGACGAGAUCCCGGACACCACUCAGGGCCCGGCGUUCUUCGCGGCCACCAUCGUCAUCGGCGUGGUUCUGGCGAGCAUCAUGUUGGUGUGCGGCGUGGGGAACUGUCUGUUCAUCGCCAGCCUGGCCCGCUACAAGCAGCUCCGGAACCUGACCAACCUGCUGAUCGCCAACCUGGCCGUGUCGGACGUUCUGGUGGCGGCGGUCUGCUGUCCCUUCCUGCUGGACUACUACGUGGUGAAGCAGCUGUCCUGGGACCACGGCCUGCUGCUCUGCGCCUCCACCAACUACCUGCGCACUGUGUCGCUCUACGUGUCCACCAACGCUCUGCUGGCCAUCGCCGUGGACAGGUACAUGGCGAUCCUCUACCCGCUGCGACCUCGUAUGAAGUACCAGACGGCGUACUGCGUGAUCCUGACCGUGUGGCUCGUCCCCAUCUUCAUCUCCAUCCCCUCCGCCUACAUGGCCUCAGAGACCACGUACCCUCACGUGGAAGGCGGCACCUUCAAGACCUUCUGCGCUCAGAUCUGGCCCGUGGACCAGCAGGUCUACUACCGGACCUACUUCCUCCUGAUCUUCGCUCUGGAGUUCAUCGGCCCGGUGACCGUCAUGGCCGUCUGCUACACACACAUCUCCAGGGAGCUCUGGUUCAAGGACUUCCCUGGUUUCCAGACGGAGCAGAUCCGGCAGAAGCUCCGGAAGAGACGGAGGACUGUGGUGGUGCUGAUUCUGGUGCUGGUGGCGUACAUCCUGUGCUGGGCGCCUUAUUACGGCUUCACCCUGCUGCGGGACUUCUACCCCACCCUCAUAUCCAGGGACAGGAACUCCCUGGUGGCCUUCUACAUCAUCGAGUGCAUCGCCAUGAGCAACGGGGUCAUCAACACCCUCUGCUUCAUGAGCGUCCGCAACAACAAGCGCCUGAAGAAGGCCGGAAAGUUCCCGCUGAAGCUGGUGACCUUCGUGGCGUCGCGGUCCAUGAAUGAAGGGUCCGCACGGACUUCCUCUCUGCGGGUGACAGAGGACGUGGAGGACACUCGGCUGAGGUAGAAGUCCAACAUCCGUCAGUCCGAAACAAAGGGGCGCAAAAAAGAGUCCCGGGGUCUUUUAGCCCCCAGAACUACUUUCCCCUGAACUAAAAGGUUCCUGGUCCCCC